CCUCCAAAAAUUCAAACGAACUGAACUCCCCCCGAUAACGAAAUUACAGGCGGCAAUUUGGCCGAUUCACUGCAAUUCAAAUAGCCAGCUUCCAUCAGCAUUAAUCCACAUUCUUUCAUCUUAGUGGAGCUGCAUUAAGAGACAUUAUGGUGGACGGGUCAUGGGGAAAUGUUGUCCGCUCAACCGGAACUCUCUUUGACGUUAACCCACCGAAUCCUCGACGGAAAUUUCGAAAGGGCGAUCGCUCCCGUAGGAGUUGGACAGUUCGAGAGGAAGAAAUCUUCGCUGCCUGUUUGCUCGCCUUGGUCUCUAGAGGCUGGAAAUCCGACAAUGGCUUCCGGGCUGAGUAUUUAGGGAAGAUUGAGGAUGCUAUCCGUCAGGAAUUCCCCAACACGGACAUCAAGGGCACUCCUCACGUGAAUUCGAAGCUCACUGCCUGGAAGAAGAGUUACCAAAGCCUCAGGAAUAUACUUAGUAGGAGUGGUGUGGGGUUCAACUCAGACAACGAGUACCGGAUUGAAUGCGAUGAUGAUCAGUGGGAAGCCAUUGUUAUGGCCGAUAAGGAAGCCAAAUUUAUGCGGCAUAAGUCGUGGCCGUUGUGGGAAACGUGGAAGGUGAUUUUCGGCAAGGACCGUGCGUGUGGUGGUGGGGCUGAGCAGAUAAGUGAUGCGGCGGAGGCCUUUCGGCGUGGCCAGCCAGGCACGUACAGUGAGGUUAAUGAAAAUGACUAUCAUCCAAGCCUCGAUGACAUUGAAGCCGACAAAGCAAUACCUUCAUCACAGCCCUUCGGUAAUCAUGACAUGAGCUCGGGGAAUAGUGGAAAACAAACUUCAGUUAACACGUCCAACGCAAGCAAGAAACGCAAACUCGACGGCUCGGACGCUGCACUGAUGGAGUUCCUCGCAAAUUUGCACACUGAUACAAACUCUCGCUUGGAGAUGAUUUUGGCGAGGAUCGGGUACGAGUUUGAUCUUGGGCAGGCUAGGCAAGAUGUGUUUGCGAAGCUGUGUGACGUCGACGGUCUAACGCUGAACCAAAGGUAUGAACUUUGUAACAUACUAGGCGAUAAGCCGCAGCGGAUGGAAAUCUUCAUGGGUAUGCAGGAGAGCGCUCGGCUUGGGUACUUGUUGAAACUAAUCGAGGAUAAACAGAGUGGGAUUUGACUGGAUUGGGUAUUGUGUGUUUUGAUGGGCUAAUUGGUUAGUUUGCCGUUUAAUUAUGACCCAUACUUUUGGUUGUUGAUAGUUUCUUAUUAGCUUAUGGUAUCGUUUGAAAUUAGGUGCAUUUUGGUAGUUCUAUGUGCAUCCAAGCUAUGUACAUUCUACCUAGUUAUGUGCAUAUAUUAUGAUAUUGCUACGUGAUGUUUUUAAACAAUGUGUUCCAAUGCAUAUUGAUGUUGAUGGAA